AUGACCACCCAAUACACCUCGGAGCAAUUCGUCGAAAGCUGCGGGGCAGUCUUGUUCGACUUGUCCUCCCCUCAAAAGAAGAAGGUGUGCCUGAUCCAUUACCACGCGAAGAACGAAUGGCUUCUCGCCAAGGGCCGUCGCAACUGCGGUGAAUCCCGACAUGAAGCCGCGCUGCGUGAGCUUCGCGAAGAGACAGGCUAUUCAGCCCAUCUCCAUCCAGUCACGAUGAGAACUCGUGCGCCUCCGAGGGACGAACAGGGACACAUGCCCGACAAGCCUCGCGCGUACCCGGAACUUACUGAGCCGUUCAUGGUCACCAUGCGACAGCUGGGCGGAGAAGGAACCAACGAUGUCAAGAUAAUCUGGUGGUAUAUUGCUGCGCUGGAUGAAGGGGUUUCUGGAGCUGUUGGGGAGGCCGAGGAGGAGUUUAGUGCCCUGUUUUUUCCCUUGGAGGAGGCAGUGCAGAAGCUAAGCUUCCAGAAUGAUCGGACUGUCCUCCAGAAGGCGAUUGCGUUAGUGGAUACUUGUUGA